GGCACUGCGGCGGCAGACAACAACAAUAAUGGCCCUAACUUCUCACUAUGUCCAGAAGGAGCUGGAUGACCAAUUGGCUCACCUGAGGAGAUGCAGCCAUGGAACGGCGGGAAAGGGAGCGACUGUCGCCUCCCAGGGGCAAGAGUCUACCCUCCUGCAUGGACCUGGUCCAUACUCUGGACCGGGUCCAGACGGAGGACCCGGCCAUGGAGACGCAGCUGGACCGGCCGCCACCGACCAGUUGUGGGAUGACGAUUUACGAGACGCGGAGAGAGAGCUACGCGAACAGCAGCAGUCAACGAAGGACGCGAAACGGUCAUCCAUUGUGAGCGAGCUGACAUGGAAUGGGAUCGCGGUUUCUGGAUUCCGAGACAGUGAAAUGCGGAAGCGUGCACACCAAGUGGCAUAUCUGAGGAAUGCUGUCACUAAGCACAGGCUGGAGCUCAAGGAGCAGGACAGGAUCAUAGACGACCUCAAGAGCAAGAUUUCCAACUCCAAGGAAGAACUUGAAGAAUGGAUGGAAAAGGCUGGGCAUUCCUCUGAUGAAGUUCGAUCUCUUCUUCAACUGUCUCCAGCUCGUGUAGGGAAGAUGCUCAAGAGGCUCCCAAGUAGACUCCUCGUCAGGAUAACCCUUCCAUCGAACGAGAUACUCGAGGCAGGGAGGGUCACCAUCAGUCAUAUGCCGGGACGCGAUAUCAGAGAUGACAAACUCCUCGUGACCCUCAAUGAUGAUGGGAGAGAGGCGAGGGUAAGGUCGAUCGUGAAACUCGAGGGGAGACCGUCUGAAGGGGCGCAAAAGAGAUACAUGGAACACGUCAUGCAUGACGAUAAACUCGUAGUGCCCGAAACGAGAACAAAAAGCAGUCUUGGACUGGUCCUCCUCGGCUACGCGGAUUUGGUGAUAUCCGCUACGAAGAUCGAUCUUCGUGAAGAAAUGGUGGCCAGCGAGGCGGUCAAACAGAUCAUCCGCAUGAGGCAUGGGAUAGUUGUUUUUGACCGUGUAGUGGUUGAGACCGCGGUAGUCAAUACAGAGACGAAGGGUGCCGUCCUUCUUGCGAUCGAAGAGGACCGGGGCACUCCAUGGGGAAGUACUCGGUUUAAUGAAGCCCUGACCAAGCAGCUCGUCAAGUUGGCGCUUGAGUUCCUGAGCUUCGGGAACCGAAAGGCGAUAUGGGGCACGAUUCUGAAUGUGAUAGUUGGGCUCGAGAUGGAUGUGGUGCUCGAUAUCGCGCAUGGGAGGAAUACUAUUGUAGGAGACGGAUGGUGGGAAAACAUCGUGAUACCUGCGAAGGAGGGAACCAACGCUAGGCGGCAAGGAAGAAAGAAGGGUGUCAAAUUCCUUGGCAGCGGCGACGUCUGAAGCAGAGGUGGAGGGAGUCUAUGUGGAGGUGGGGACUGCGGGUGUGUCCGUGGUAAGGGAAGCGAGGAGAAAGGGGGGCAAGAAAGGAAUGCGUAUAGAAAUGAGCUCUAGCGAACUUCCAUAAUUAAAUCAAGAUAAUUCAAAAUC